UCCCUUUUCCCUCCUCCUCCUGCCGCUCCUCCCGCCGCCCGGCCCGGCCCGGCUCCGCUCGCCAUGGGAGAUGUGGUCUCCACGCACCUGGACGAGGGUCGCCGCCAGCACAUCGCGGAGAAGACGGGGAAGGUGCUGGGCGAGUUCUGCCGGUGCUACAAGGAGCAGUUUGGAGUAGCUCUCUUCAACAGCGUCCGCUAUGAGAUCGAGGGCACCGGGGGCCCGCAGGCCCAGCUGCUGCACCGCAAGGUUCCACUGGAGGACCACGUCAUCUACUCAGGCAACAUCUUCCAGUACAUCGAGGAGAACAAGAAGUGGAGGAACCGUUUCUGCAUGGUGCCCCACAACUACGGGCUGGUCCUCUACGAGAACAAGCUGGCCUAUGAGCGGCAGCUGCCACCCCGGGUGCUGAUCAACAGCGCUGGCUACAAGAUCCUCACCUCGGUGGAGCAGUACCUGGAGCUGGUCAACAACAGCCUGCCUGGUGUGACACCGAAAUCUGGGCACUCGUCCAUCCUGAAGUGCCCCACGGAUUUCCCGCUGAUCCUGUGGCACCCCUAUGCCCGGCACUAUUAUUUCUGUGUGAUGACGGGCAAGGAGCAGGAGAAGUGGCGGGCGGUGUUCCAGGACUGCGUGAGGCACUGCAACAACGGGAUCUCCGAGGAUUCCAAGGUGGAGGCUCCAGCCUUCACGGACGCCAUCCGCAUGUACCGGCAGUCCAAGGAGCAGUACGGCACCUGGGACAUGCUCUGCGGGAGCGAGACCCAGGUCCUGAGCAACCUGGUGAUGGAGGAGCUGCUCCCCGAGCUCAGGAGCACCAUCGCGCCCCGGCUGAAGGGCAAAGCCCCGGAGCGCCAGCGGACCUGGAUCCAGGUGUCGGAUGCUGUCUAUAGGAUGGUCUAUGAGCUGGCCAAGGAGCAGUACGACGCAGCAGUGGCCAGGUGUGAGCAGGAGCGGCCGCAGCUGGAGAGCACCAUCCGCACGGACAUGGACCAGAUCAUCACCUCCAAGGAGCACCUGGCCAGCAAGAUCCGAGCCUUUGUCCUGCCCAAGGCGGAGGUCUGUGUCCGUAACCACGUCCAGCCCUACAUCUCCUCCAUCCUGGAGGCCCUGAUGACCCCCACGAGCCAGGGCUUCGCCGAGGUGCGGGAGGUGUUCUUCAAGGAGGUGACUGACAUGAACAUGAACGUUGUCAACGAGGGAGGCCUGGAGAAGCUGGUGGAGUACAUGGAGAAGCUCUCCCACCUGGCCUUCCACCCCGUGAAGAUGCAGUCGUGCUAUGAGAAGAUGGAGCAGCUGAAGCUGGAGGGUCUUCAGCAGCGAUUCGAUGUCUCCAGCACGUCCGUCUUUAAGCAGAGGGCCCAGAUCCACAUGAGACAGCAAAUGGACGAUGCCGUGCACACCUUCGAGACCCUGCUGCACCAGGAGCUGGGGAAGCUGCAGGGCAAGGACGACCUGUGCAAAUCCAUCCAGCGCAUCCUCGAGAGGGUGCUCAAGAAAUUUGACUAUGACAGCAGCACUGUGAGGAAAAAGUUCUUCAGAGAGGCCCUGCUGCAGAUCACCAUCCCCUUCCUGCUGAGAAAGCUGGCCCCCACCUGCAAGGGGGAAUUAGCCAAGUUUCAGGAGCUGAUCUUCGAGGACUUUGCCAGCUUCAUCCUGGUGGAGAACACCUACGAGGAGGUGGUGCUACAAUCAGUGAUGAAAGACAUCAUGCAAGCUGUGAAGGAGGCGGCCGUGCAGCGGAAGCACAACCUGUACAGAGACAGCAUGGUGAUGCACAACAGCGAUCCCAACCUGCACCUGCUGGGAGAGGGCCUGCCCAUCGACUGGAGCGAGGAGUACAGCGGGCAGCCCGAGGCCGAGCCGGCGGCCGAGCGGCGCCGCAGGGCCAAGCAGGUGGUGUCGGUCAUCCAGGACGACGAGGGGGCCCUGCCCUACGGGGCCGAGGCGCUGCUGCAGCCCGGCUCCCCCGAGCCUCAGGAGCCAGAGGAGGCACAUCCCGGGGUGCCCCCAAGCCCCCCGGAUGCGGUGAAGGAGAUCCGGGAGGCGCUGGCACAGGAGAGCCUCGGGGAUGGUGCCGGGGUUGAGGAGCGGCUGGUGAAUGGCACCGACGCCGGUGGUGCCAGCGAGGAGGGGCUGCUGCCGGCAGGGGCUGCCCAAGGGGAUGUCACACAGCAAGGUCCAGCCCGUGACGGGGAUGGGGUGCACUGUGUGGCAUCGUCACCUGUCCCUGGAGCUGAGAUCCCAUCAGGGACUGGGAGAGAACGUGCCACACCAGCAUCAUCACCUGUCCCUGCAGCCGAGGUCCCGUCAGGAGCUGGGACGCGCCGGGCUGCACCGGCCCCGCCUGUGCGGGGAGCUGAGGUGUCAUCGGCAGGGCAGUGUGCCACACCAGCAUCGUCACCUGGCCCUGCAGCCGAGGUCCCGUCAGGGACUGCGAGACAACGUCCUGAACCAGCAUCACCUGUGCCCAGAGCUGAUGCUCCAUCAGGGGCCGAAGUGCCACACGCCACACCGAGAUCAUCCGUGCCAGCAUCACCUGUGCCCAGAGCUGAUGUCCCAUCAGAGGCUGAGGUGCCACACGCCGCACCGAGAUCAUCCGUGCCAGCAUCCCCCUUGCCCAGAGCUGACUCCCCGUCGGUGUCCAGCGUGCCACACGCCACAGCAGCACCAGCCAGCCCCCGAGCCGAUGUCCCAGCAGAGGCCAAGGUGCCCCAAGUCACAGCAGCACCACCCGGAGCCCAGAGCCCGUCACUGGGGUGGCACCAGCACAGCGAGAUGGAGACGGGCGAGCACGGGGAGCGCAGCCCCGCACAGCCUAGGGCCACCACGGAGAGCGGUGAGGGGGUGCAGACUGAGUUCUAGCCCCAGCCCCCUGCCACGGACUGGCCCCGGUGACGCUGGGGCUGGGGGAGGGGGAUAGGACCCCCGGAUGGAGAGCGGCACCGCGGGAGAGGGAGGGGAUGGGGACACCGAGACCUUGCUGCCUAACGGGGGCCAGGCCCACAGCCCCUACUGGGUCGGACUAGGGGUGGCCCCGGUCUGGCAUGGGGCAUCCCCUGCGCUCUGCUCUGUCCUUCUUCUGCCUUAUUUUCUUUCCUACUGAGAAGAUGCUUUACUGAAGAGCUUUAUCUGCCCCCCACACCAGUGCCUGGGGCUGCCGGGGGGGCUGGCACUGGCCCUGCUCGGGGUGGGUGUGGGGGACGGGACCCUCCUGGCUGUCCCCGGGGGUGUUCCUGCCCCAAUCCAGGCAUUUCCUGCCCACUGCCAUCCCCCCGGCCGGCUCCGGGAGCGCCAGUGGGAGCAGGGGCUGCAGGGGGUGAUGGAAACCAGGGUGGCAAAUGGGGACACGACAGGGACAGCAACGCCGCGGGGUGGGAGCCACUGCUGAGGGGGAGAGUGCUGGGACAGGUGUGAGCCCCAGGCCGGGCUCAGAGCAUCCAGGUCAGGCUCAGAGCAUUCAGGCUGGGCUCAGAGCAUCCAGGUCAGGCUCAGAGCACCCAGAGCCCACCCCAGCCAUCCUCACCCCAGGGUGUUUGAGGAGAUAUUUUAAGUUCAGAGUUAAAUCUCUGGGGGAAGGUGGCACUCGUGCCGUGUCCCAGCAGUGUGUGGCAGGACUGGGAUAAUUCCAGGCUCAGCUCGCUGUGCAGUGGAAAGACCCCAGCCCCUCCCUCCAGAUCUCAGCACCUGCCAUGGAUGGUUUCUCCAGCUUUGCAGGUUUUGGCACCUGCUGUGAUGGCUCAGCAAAGAGCAGGGCUUUUCUGAGCCCCCAUCUGUCACAGGGAUGGGACAGGACUGCUGCAGCCCCCACACAGCGACACCAAAAGCCCUGGAGGUGCUGGGGGUCUGCAGGACUCCUGGGUGGGACACCUGGAGCAGGGACCAGCACCCCAACACCCACCUGUGCUUAGGUGCCACCGUUCCUGCCCCAGAAGGGGGGUGCCCAGCCUAACCCACUCGGGGGGGCCCCCAAAGUGCCUUGGGAGGCCCCCCUCAAAGUGCCUUUCUCUGUGAACUUCAAACCUGUCUCUUCCAGGAUAUUUUAUUAAGAAAGUUAUACAAAUGUUUAAAGAUAUGCUUAUAAUAAUUAAUAAAAUGGAAAAGCUUUAUUUAAA